AAGAAAAUUUUAAGCAUUGCUUCUUCGCUACGUACACAGACUCUCUAAAUCAGUAUUUGCUGUUCUCCCAGCAACUCAAAGCUUAUCUACCACAAAUGGCUGGCCUUCACCUUUACCUCACCCCCAUUUUAAAUGCCACCAUAACUAAGUUGAUUUCGACUGCUGCUGAUCAAAUCAACCUUGUGGUGAGUUGGAAGAAGGAGCUUGCAGGGCUUCAGGGCAGACUAAUCGUGAUCCGGGCUUUCUUGCAAGAUGCCGAGGAAAGACAAGUGAGAGACCGUGCGGUCAAGAUGUGGCUUGAGAAGCUUAAAGAUGUGGUUGCUGAUGCUGAUGAUGUGUUGGACGAGGUUGCCUAUGAAUCUUUGAAGCAGAAGAUUGAAAUUCGAAACCAAAUGAAGAGAAAGGUUCGCUACUUCUUUUCUCUAUCAAACCCCCUGAUAUUUCAAAGAAAGGUGGCUAAGAAGAUUAAAAAUAUUAUUACAACUGUGGAUGGUAUUCACAGAGAGGCCCAAGGGUUUGGACUUCAAUUCAGACCUCUUGGCCCAAAUCCUGAAUGCAGAAGAAGAAGCCCACAAACUCACUCUUUUUGUGAUGUGUCACACACUGUGGGGAGAGAUGAUGAUGUCUCUAGAGUAGUGGAGUUGCUGACGGACAGUACCAACCAAUUACCUCUGUGUGUCAUAUCAAUUGUAGGUAUGGGAGGUCUCGGCAAAACCACUUUAGCACAAUUUGUUUGCAAUAAUGAAAGCAUCAAAAAAUAUUUUGCUAAGGUAAUGUGGGUUUGUGUGUCUGAAAAUUUUGAUGUAGAAAGGAUUUUAAAGGAGAUGUUUGAGUCUAUAACUGGAAAUGCUUGUGAAGAUAUUAGAAAUAUGGACACUUUACUUCAAAAGUUACAAAAGAUGCUGAUAGGAAAAAACUAUCUUCUCAUAUUAGAUGACUUAUGGAACUUGGAAAGGCAAAAGUGGGAAGAAUUGAGGAGGGGUCUGUUGGGAAUAGGUAUCAUUUCAGGGAGUCGGAUUGUUGUGACUACUAGAGAUGAUAAGGUAGCAUCAACAAUGGGAACACUUCCUGAACACAAGCAUCGUCUCAAAGGGCUAGAGAAUGAUGAAUGCUUGUCUAUAAUCAUUCAAAGGGCAUUUGGAAACUCUCCAAUACCUUCAGAUCUGAAAGCAAUUGCAAGGAAAAUUGCUAAAAAAUGUAAAGGUGUGCCAUUGGUUGCGAAUGUCAUUGGGGGGAGUCUGUGUAAUACUAGGAACAGAGAUGAGUGGUUGUCACUUGAAAGUUCAUGGGGAUUAUUAAAUGAGGAUGAUGGGAUCUUACCUAUCUUAAGAUUAAGUUUUGAUAGAUUGCCUGAACCAGUUAUGAAGCAAUGUUUUGCUUUCUGUUCUAUCUUUCCUAAAGAUUUUGUUAUUGAUAGAAAGAUGUUAAUUGAGCUUUGGAUGGCUGAAGGGUUUCUUCAGUCACCUGAAGGAAGCUUAAUGUCCAUGGAGGAUACUGGUGACAAGUAUUUCAAUAACUUGUUAUCGUAUUCCCUAUUUCAACAUGUGAAGAGGGAUGAUUGUGGGAGUAUUAAAUCUUGCAAAAUGCAUGAUUUAAUUCAUGAUCUUGCUCAAUCUAUUUCAAAACAUGAGACAGUGAUUUUAGAGACUCUUUUUGAGAGCAACAUAUCUAAUAGUAUUCGGCAUUUGAAUCUUUAUGGUCGAGGAGAGGUGCCUACAAAUUUUGGACGUGUUGCUAAAAGGCUACAGACUUUGUUCUUACAGCAAGCUUCCUUUGGUUGGCCAGCAGAUCUUAAAAGGUUACGAGUUCUUAGUCUCUGUGAUUCUUAUAUUGAACCAUCAUCAUUAUGCUUUGAAAACAUGAAGAGUUUGAGGUACUUGGAUAUUUCAAGAACUCGAAUAAAGGAGCUACCCAAGUCCAUCAACAAGUUGUAUAAUUUGCAAACCUUUAGAUACUUGAGGUGCAGGUCUCUGAAAAUGACUCGAGAAGGAAUAGAAAAUUUGAUUAGCUUGAGGCACAUUUACUUCGAUGAUAAAAAGCUCAUGCCUGCAAACAUUGGGAGGCUGACCAAUCUCCAAACAUUGGAAAUUUUCAGUGUGGGUACAACAAAGGGACACAAGAUUGAAGAAUUGGGAAGUUUAAGCAAACUUAGAGGAAGAUUAAAGAUUUAUAAUCUACAGCUUGUUAAAGAUAAAUCAGAAGCAGAGGGAGCAAAAUUACAUGAAAAGGCAGUUGAUGUGUUGAAGUUAACAUGGGAUUACAAGAGAGAAUUAGAAGGCAAUCAUGAUGAUGAAGACGUUUUGGAAGGCCUUCAACCUCACUCCGGUCUUCAAAGAUUAAGGAUUGAAGGUUAUGGAGGUAAAAACUUGCCAUCAUGGAUGUUGAAAAGCAGUGAAUUGUUCUCAGUCAAUAAUUUCAAUCUGGAGGAGCUGAGUAUCUUCGGUUGCUCCAAGCUGUAUUGCAUUCCACCACUGGACAGGCUUUCAUCUAUUCAGCUACUUCAAAUCGAUCACUGCCUUGAAUUAACUAGUAUAGCUGAUGGAGCAUUUGCAAGCACGUCCCUUGAAGAAUUAGUCAUAAAAAGCUGUCCCAAGUUGCAAAGUGUUCCAGAGAGUGGAUUAUCAUCGCUUAGGAAACUCCAUAUUUGGAAUUGUGCGAUGUUGAGAAGCAUAGGAAAUAGUCUGUCAUCCGCCAAAUGCCUCAAAGAGUUAUAUCUGGGUGAUUGUUGGAAUCUGAGUUUCAUUCCAAAUUUGGAUGGCCUCGCCUCUCUUCACAUAUUUCGUGUUUCCAGAUGUCAUGAAUUAGAAUUUCUUCCAACUGGGCUGUCAUCCUGCUCUUCUCUUGAGAAAAUGGAGAUAGCGUUCUGCGAUAAUCUGGUCUCUAUUCCAAAAGAGUUGAAGAAUUUGCGUUCAUUGCUUGAUUUAUGUAUUGCAGACUGCCCAAAAUUAAAUAGAUUUCCAAGGAAGAGUUUAGGCCACCUUACUCGCUUGAAGAGAUUAGAUAUUGGUGGUUUCUCGAAGGAGCUGGAACAGUUCCCAGGUCUGAGUUCCAUCUUCCACCUCUACGCAUCCCUUGAAGAGUUGACUUUGAGGGGUUGGGACAAACUAACCGAGCUACCGCAUCAAAUUCAACACCUUGCUGCUCUAAGGAAACUGGAUAUUCAAGGAUUCAAUAAAUUGGAAGCAUUACCGGAGUGGUUAGGGAACUUGUCCUCUCUUGAACGUCUGGAGAUCACAAAUUCCAAGAGUUUGAAAUAUUUGCCUUCUGCGGAAGCUAUUCAACGCCUCUCCAAAUUGAAAGAGCUUAAAAUUCAUUGUUGCCCUGGGCUAGAGCAAAGUUGCGCUAGCGAAACCGGUCCAGAAUGGUACAAGAUUUCUCACAUACCAAAAAGAAGACCACCCUUUCCAAAGAGGCAAGAAGAGGUAUGCUUCGUUUUCUCAAAUCAUAGCUGCAAUAAAUUUUGAAUUCCCUACCCUUCCCUCAAAUGAAGUUAAUGUUUGUGUGUCAAAAUAAAAAACACUCGUUCCGUUUUCAUGUUUUUCAAUAUUGUCAAUUCAGGGAACAACCAAAACCAAAUUUAUAAACAAAUUUCCAUUGU